CUACAGAUCUGGGACACGGCUGGCCAGGAACGCUUCCGCACCAUCACGCAGAGCUACUACCGCAGUGCCAAUGGGGCCAUCCUUGCUUAUGACAUCACCAAGAGGAGCUCUUUCCUGUCAGUGCCUCACUGGAUUGGGGACGUGAGGAAAUAUGCGGGCUCCAACAUCGUGCAGCUGCUGAUCGGGAACAAGUCGGACCUCAGCGAGUUCCGAGAGGUGCCCCUGGCCGAGGCGCAGAGCCUGGCAGAGCACUACGACAUCCUGUGUGCCAUCGAGACCUCUGCCAAGGACUCCAGCAACGUGGAGGAGGCCUUCGUGAGGGUGGCCACGGAGUUGGUGGUGAGGCACGGGGGCCCACUGCUCAGCGAAAGGGGCACCGACCACAUCCAGCUUGACAGCAAGGACAUUGGAGAGAGUUGGGGCUGCGGCUGCUGACGGGCGAGGCUGGCCCACCAGGGGCCUCCUGUCUCUCUCUCUCUCUUUCUCUCUCUCUCUCUUUCUCUCUUUCUGGCCUGCCAACCCCAGCCCUCCAGACCUGAUCCUCCAGGGCACUGGAUAAAGUCCUGGAGUUAACCAUCCUGGGGCCUGGAUGCUUGAUGGGAAGGUUGCCCUGAGGAUGCUGGCUGGUUAGCAAGGGGUGGAGUGUGGGCCCCUCCUGCCAGCUGUCACGUGCCAGGCCUACAGCAGAAGAGGGGCCAGGGACGUGCUGCCCCCCACCUAGCCAUUUCUUCCUCUGGGUCAGCUGCAGUUGUGGCAGUGAGCUUUCUGGGGAUGUGGCCCCGAUCCUUCUAGGCCAUUCCAGGGCUUCCCUCUGUUGCCUCAGAGAGUCAGAGCAAGCAGCCUGCAGAGUGUCUUUCUGAGCACAGCACAGGGGAGCCCCUUCUCAGCGGGGGACCUCCCCUAUCACUGCCAGCUCUCAGUCCACAGACAAGCUCAGCCCUCUCGUUGCCUUAGCAAAACCUCUCUGGUUGUCCCUGUCACAUCUACCAUGGUCUGGGUAUGAGUGUGGGGGCACUGCCCUCAGCCACUCAGGCACUGGCUUCUGGGGCAGGGACCUGGGGGGUUAGAGGAUAAAAGCUGGGACAGCAGACACUUAGGGGACAAGAGAAAACUUGUGUCCCUGAGACUCAGGGCACCCAGUCUUAGUGCCUGAGCAGAAGUCCUUCCGGCCACAUCUGUCUAGUCUAGAGUUUCCUGAACACGGGUGAGGCUUGGUCAUCUCAAGUUUUCUGGGCCGCCUAACCCUUGCUGGGUGCUGAGGUCAGGAGGCAGGGUGGGGGUUGCAGCAGUGGCUGGGAGAGGCAGAUAAUGUCAGCCAAGCCAUCCCCAUCCCCCUGUUGGGCCAGUCCAGUGUAUCAGGCUCCUUCCAUGUGGGGGGGCCCAGGUAGUUAACUGCUUUCUGAACCCUGAGCCAGGUCUCAUUCAGAGGAGCCCAGACCCCAGACAGGACCUGCCCUGUGGCCUGAGCAGCCCCUUCUGGGCAAGAAGGCAGACCGUCCCCCAGUAGCCACAUACCAUCUGGUGAGGCGGGGUGGUUUGUGGAGCCUGCAUAGAGGCCGAGCAGUGCACAGCCCAGGCUGAAACCACAGGGCCAGGCUCUGGAGGGGCAAGAGCUGCUGGACAGGUCCACACACUAGGGCUGGGCUGCGUGGACAGAGGCCCCUCCAUGGCCCUGCCCUCUGGGGAGAAAGUACCUUCCCAAAGAGUCCUCCAUUCAAGCCAAGAACACAGAUCUGCAGGGUUGAUGCUUGGACAGAACUGGGCUUCAGCUCUGGGUAACAGUUCCACAAAGUCCCACCCUGCAGGGACCAGCCACUCUGUGUGUGUUGGGGGCGGGUGGACAGACAAGGGGUGUUGGUAGAGGGGCCUGGGCCUGUACCCUGCGACUGCCCUGCAGCCCCAGCCCCGGCUCCAGCUGAGCACAGGUGGUGACCCUGCCCUUUGCCACCCCUUGUCCCUUCUGGGAGCCCCGCCUCCCCCGCUCAGCCUCAGGCCUGGGGGUGGUGCUCAGGGGCCCUGCUGAGCUUAGGGCAGGGAGAUGUCUCCACCUGGCUCCUGGACACACAGAUCAGCUGCCAAGGAUCCGAGUAGGCACAGGGACAGCUGACAUGGGGCUCAUUUGUCAUCUUGGAUUGGGGGCCACCCCUUGGUGGGGAAGAGACAUUUGAUUUAGAGGGGUCAGGGGUAGCUGCUCUCUGCCUCUGGGUGCCCAAGCCACCGUGGAAAUGACACCUCACUUCAUUCCUUUCCCCAGUGUCAAGACAACCUAGACCUUGGAGUGGAGGGUCUCCUGCCAGCCCAUCCUCUACCCCAGAGCAGCCUUAGGCUACUUACACUCUCCCUCUACCCAGGCACAGUGUGGGGGGCCCACCCCCGCAGCCCCUAUGCCCUUCCACUCCCAGCAGGUGCCACCCCCUCACCUUGACUCCAGCUUCUCCUGCCCUAACUGUGCUGCUGUCAGUGUGACAGGACCCACAGUGACCCUUGGCCUGUCCACCUGCUCCAGCACCUUCCAGGGGCCUCAGAGCCCUUGGAAUGGGGUCCAGAUACCCAGAGGACCUUAGAGCUAUGUCUGGUUUCUUCCUUGUUCCCCAGAAAUAUCCUCUGUGAAGGCCCUCCUGGCCUCCCGAGACCCCAUUUCUUGGGACUGUCCCUGUUAAUUCAUGUCACUUCGAAUUCCACCAGUGACCUCACUCCCUGCAGCUUGCCCCUUGUUCACAGGAUGAGUUCUUUCCCUCUGUCUCCAGCCCUUGGUCUCCAAGCUUUGCCUGUCCUAGGUUGACGCUAAUUCCUACAGGGGCCAGACAUGCCAGAUUGGGGUCCUUCUCAGGUAUAGGACACUGGCUCUGUGCUGCCCCAUCAGGCGGGGCAGGGCAGGGGGCUUGGCUCAGCACCUCUCCAGGCCUGCAGUCAGAUGGGGCCCCAGGCUUGGGUAAGAGAAGAUGGGGAAGUCUGUGAGCCAGAAAACAAAACUGGCCUCUGUUUCCUUCUCCCAGCUGCCCAGGGCCUCUGGGGCAAGAGGAGGCCAGUGUAAUAUCUUCCUUUGUUUAUCAAUUACCCAAGAGCAGCAGGUGGGGUCAUGGACCAGGGGGCAGGGGCAGGCAUGCCAGGGAGUGUCCUGGCAGUGUCACCAGGCCCCAGACAAGGGUGGUAUGUGGAGCUAGCUGGUGGCUUACACUGACAGGAGCAGUGUCGGGUUGGGACUUGGGUCCUGACUCCUAAGCCACAUGGAGUGUGGUCUCUGCUGGGACCCCGAGGAUGCAGGAGUGGAGCCAGUCGGAGCUCCUGAUUCAUAUUGAAUUCAGUUACUCUUCCCCAGGGGGGGCUGCCAGGGGUGGGACCCUAGGCCCCCUCUGGCCCAGACUGGUGUGUGUGUGUGUGUGUGUGUGUGUGUGUGUGUGUGUGUGUGUAUGUGUGUGUUGGGGGUGGGGAGCUCAGCCAGUCCAUGGAUGCCAUUUGCAUUUGGGAAUUUUUCACAUGACCUAUUUAUGAACAUAUAAAUCUUUAUAUCAGAUCUAUUUUUUAAAACCUGGAAGAGUUGCCUUGAUGGAAACUCAGCAGAGCCAGAGUGUACAUAUUCCUAAACCAUUAAACAGAUUUCUGUAAUGA